GGAAGCCGGAAAUGUGGGAUGUGUGUUUUAUUACUGAUGUUGUUGAGUUCAAAUCACAUAAAUCUUUGGACUUGGAAGAAUUAAGUAGCACGUAACUGACAGCCUUCCAGGAGACCAGGAUGAUUGUCCAAAGAAGUAAUGGAGACAUGAAGAGAAAAGUCACACCCAAUGAACAUUUAACAUCUGGAAUGUGCUUCCUGAGAAUCUGAUGGACGCAGCUUCAAUUAAAGGAGAAAAUCAGAUUACUAUCUGAAAAGGAAGAAUGUGCUGGGGAACUGCACAAGCCAUGUCUACAGAAGCAGAUGCUGUUGGAAAGACAAUCAACAUUUUGGAAAGAAAGAAGCCCUCUGACCUGACUCUGGAACACUGGAUUGCAAGUUGGGAGAAGCAACAAAUUGGAUUUCACCUUAAUGAAGUCCAUGAAAUGUUGAAAAGACACCUGGAUGUUAUGCUCAAUGGGAGAAAGCAAAUCCGUAUCUUUUUUCCACUUUGUGGAAAGGCAGUGGACAUGAAAUGGCUUGCUGAUCAGGGGAACACUAUUGUUGGUGUAGAAAUAUCUGAAAUUGCAAUAAAGCAAUUUUUCACCGAACAGAAUCUGUCCUACAUUCAAGAACCUGUUCCAGGGAUACCAGAUGCAGAAAUCUAUAAGACUCCUGAAGGGCACAUUACUCUGUUUCGGGGUAAUAUUUUUGAUUUCUCAAGUUCUGUUGCUGGGCAGUUUGAUGGGAUCUGGGACCGAGGUUCCCUACAACCUCUCAACACCUCUGACAGACAGCGUUAUAGCAAACUAAUGAUAACCCUAAUGGCCAAAGGGUGUCGAUAUCUUCUGGACACUUAUGUCUGUACGAAAACUGAUUUUGAUGGCUUACCACCCAAGAUCUCAGAAAGCGAAACUCGGGAUUUGUUUGGCCAUGCCUGCAACAUUCAUUUGCUGGACUCAACUGACAAAUUGAUUGGGAAGCAAAAGUUGUUCGGUCUAGAAGGCUUCAUUGAGGAAGUUCAUCUCAUUACAUUGAAAUCAGAUUCUUCCUGAAUAUUUAUGUAAUAACAUUGUAUUUUUGCUCAUUUGAAUUCUUCCAAUGUUCAAAAUAGCUGCAGUUUCAUGAGUUUCUUCAUAGAAUGAGGUAAUUCACUCUGUGGCACUGUUAUUGGUAAGCUCUCUUCAACCGUAUGAUUUUUAAAUCAAGGGAAUUCCUGCACUUGAUUUUUUUCUUUCUAGUGGUAGAACACUGAUUUUCAUUUUUGUUAAAGCAGGGACUGUCCUUAAGUAUUCUGUAAUCACAUUUUGUAAAUUUAAAAAGCAUCUUAAAUUUCUCUUGAUAACUCAAGGAUGUGUUUCACUGCAACUGACUGAUUAAUUAACCAGAGCUAGACUGAUCUUCACCUAUAUUUCAUAAUUCAAAGCCAAGCCUUUGCACACAUACUUAACUAUCAUUUCCAUAUCCUAGAAGUAAUAGCAAUUUCCAAUAUCAUGAAGGAUUUCUCUGUGACACGCACAUCCAUGUCAAAUGAUGUACACGAGGGAUAGCUGAACUGAACUUGAAACAUUAACUCUGCUUAGUUGCUAGACAUGAUAGGUAUCUCCAGCACUUCCUGUCUUUGUUUCAGAUCUCCAGUAUCCAUAGUUCUUCAUUUUAUUUAAAUGAUAGCAUAUGCCUUUCAACUUUUUCAAAAUGGUGUUGUCUGUUUCUCUCAGUUAAAUGACAUAAAAACUGUUAAGAGAUGCAUCACUGUGUAUUUCCCAGCAUCACAGUCAUUCAUGGUUACACAUGCCAUGAAGCCACAAAUAUUUUUUUUUGCUGAGUAAACUCAGAAAAUAAUUCCUUGCCAAUGUUUUGAUGAGUACAUUAAAAUAAUUCAGCCUCUGCAACAAUUUCAGAAACAUCAAACCAUUUUGUAGACAGCUUUGUAAUAGACAUCAAACAAAUGGUGCAAUUUGUUUUUUUAUUUAAUAUCUAAAUUAGAUUUUUUUAAAGUCAGCAAUUACUUAUCUGUUUAAC